UUACACCCUUUUGAACUCAGCAUCCUUCUCAACGUCGUUUUUAAACACUUAUUACACCCUCAAUAAUCACUUCAACAUUUCUUGUCGAUUUCAAUCACGAUCUAGCACUAUGGUCCAAUUUACAGCUUCUUUGUUGACCCUCCUAGCCACCGUCUCCCUGACAGCUGCAAAGCCCGACUGUAACGCCGGCGGCUACCUUUCAUUUCAUGUUGAAGAAGCAGCACGCUGCAUCAACGAGCUUGCAGCGCUCGAUUCAAUCUGCAAGACAGACCAGGCCGGAAGAGUCUUGCGGAAAUGUGGAAGCACACAAAUCUGGUCGCAUACUUCCAACCGAUUCGGAGCUUCAACGCCAUGUAAGAACGUUGCUGUUUCGGCUGGGUUGAUUAUGGAUGCUUGCACCGUCAAAGAUAACAGAGGCACUUGGAUUCACGGCGCAGCAUAUGUGCAGGGGAACGGCGAUUUCUGGAUCAGGAUUGAGGGUUCUGGAUAGAUUUGACUUGUUGUGAUGAGGCCUCAAUCACCCUAGGCUUGGAAAAUUGUCAUUGACCUUGGAAGACCUUGGGAUUGUAGGAUUUGAACGGGUGGCUUUUCAGUGAGAAGUGUUUGAAUCAACAGCCGGGAAGAACAUGGGGAUCAGAUCCUGCGUAUAACGUGAGAGAAUGCAAGAAGCACAAUUGAAC